UUUCGCAACCAACUCACUCCUCUGGGCAAAUGCAGCCUUUUGAGAUAUGAUCCAUCCGUUUUCAAUAUCUGGUUUCUAAGAAGGCGAUCAGGUUACGCCCUAGACUUUCCGCACCUCAAACCAACCUCUCAGUAUAUCACCCCGUUCCCAUCAUCCCAAAUGGAACCACGCGCUCGUGCUGGUCGGCACAAGAGCAACCUCAACUUCGGCCCUGAACUGUCUGCUCUCCUUUAUGCCUACGGCGCACCUACCCACCCGGACAUCGUGUCGCCUCUCGGCGGCGGCGGCGGUGGUGGUCCUUCUUCCUCGUCCUCGUCCUCCACAUACCUGUCCUCCCUGCCUACGCCCAACACCACCAGCGCACCCACACCCUUCAACCAGCCCUUCCCCGAGACCGUGAGGGUGCUCGACGAGAUCCUCACCGACUUCAUCAUCGAGACGUGCCACAACGCCGUCAGCGUCGCCGCGUACUCGGGCCGGGCCAAACUCAAGCUGAGCGACUUCGAGUUCGUCCUGCGCAAGGACAGCAUCAAGCUGGGCCGCGUGCAGGAGAUGUUCAAGAAGAAGCGCGACAUCGACAACAAGAAGAAGCUGUUCGACACCAACGAGGGCCGCGAGGGGACCAAGCUGGGCGUCGGGGAUCUGAUGAACCUGGGCGAGGUCGUCGGCGAGGAAGGCACCGGCAAGGGCAAAGGUCGAGGACGCGGACGCCGUAAGAAGCGCGACCGCGAGGAAGACGCGGCUGGGCCGGGAGCAGGAGGAGGAGUAGGGACAGGAUUGGACGGGACUCUGGAAGAUGACGCCGAAGAGCCUGCGAGUAAGAGAGCCAGGAGCGAAAUUGGUUGAACGCAGCGCUUGCUGGCUAAACAUUUUGAAUUUAUCACGACGAUUACGAGAAUAUACUGACCCUCACCACACACAAAACGGUCUGUCGAGACUCUGGAAGAGUCCAUGUAUUGGCAGACAUCAAAUAUCGACCAGAACAUCUCUCGACUACCGCAGCGUCUGAUGCACGCUGGUGUAUACCUCUACUCUGACGGCGGGUUGCACCAUUUCUCUGGACGGCACAUGGAAAUACGAGGCCAACGCUGCAAUAAUGGUAUUUCUUUUAGAAGCCAGUAGCCGGCUCGUCUACCUACAACAUCCCAGAUCGUGCGACCAUCAAAAUCAUCAAUUGCCGAGUCACAGCAUAGCAAGACUACUACUCGUGAGCCUGCUUCCUCAACUCGCAAACACCCCGGGCCCUCACUUCAGGACGAGUGGCUAUUCAGAUACACUUCCAAUGGCUCCAGACGCCGCUUGUUCGUGGCUUAAGACCGUAAAGUCAUGGCAACAUUGCCGGAGCCACAAGUAUGCUUUUUUGCAUCAUACUUUUUUCUGUAAUAAAAAAAUAGAGAAAUCAAGCAUAAUCAUUCAUCC